AAAGAGAAUAGCAAGCUUUCUGUUCAUCCUCAAAAACUUCAUAUUCGAACUCAUAUGUUGCAGAUUCUGUUACUGUCGCAUAUAAUCACUUUCUUGAUUGGUAAUUACAUGAAAGAACAGUGUAUUCUUUGCAUCCAAUCGAUUAAUUUGAAAGAAAACUGUGAAGAAAUCGACGUUUCUUGUUUAAUUUUGACCUUUGAAACUUGUACAAGUUCUCCGAUCACCACCGUCUCCGGCGUGACGUCAUCCACCGCCGUACGAGUUUACGCCAAUCAAAAAUAAGUUAGACUUAUUAUGGAUCUACUCUGCAAUGCUUACUCCAAUACUUCAGAUGAAGAUGAAGACGUUGAAAAACGUGCACUUCCGCCCCUCAAACGGGCCAAACAUGAAUUUCUGCAUACAUCAAGCAGGACUUUGCCUGUUGUUGGCCUAACUCAAUCAAAAAAUAUUCCAACUGAAGCACCGAUUGCAGGGAGAUACAUAUCAAAGCGAGAACGCACACUCAUGGCUUCUGCUUCUCAAUCUUCCCUUGUGGGACCCCCUACUUAUUCAGCAUGUUCCCCUGUUCAAGGAAGCAUCUCAGAUUCCUACAUACGAAAAGACAUUUUAUUAUCGUUGAGGAAUCGAACAAAGGACUAUUCAAAUUCUGUCCAUACAUCUGAGAGGAUUUCCACACCUCUUACUGGCCAUACAAAGGCUGUGAAUGCAAUACAGUGGUCAAAAACUCAUUCUCAUCUUCUUGCAUCUGCCGGUAUGGAUUCGUCCAUUCACAUAUGGAACGUAUGGAAUACGGAACAGAAAAAGUCACGCGUAUUCAACAUUCAUACCGCAGCAGUAAAAGACAUCCAAUGGUCAAAUCACGGUCUUUCUUUACUCUCCUGUGGAUAUGAUUGUUCAUCAAGAUUAGUCGACGUUGAAAAAGGGUUAGAAACUCGUGUAUUUAAAGAAGAUCAAGCCGUUGGAGUCAUUAAGUUUCAUCCUAACAAUUCUAACCUUUUUCUAUCUGGUGGGUCAAACGGUCUUAUUCGGUUAUGGGAUAUUAGAACCGGGAAUGAAGUGAAUCGGUAUUCUCGUGGGCUUGGCCCGAUUCUUGAUUUGGAGUUUAUGAACAAUACACGGGAAUUUAUUUCUUCGAGUGAUGAAUCCAAAAGUAACAUUAGUGAGAAUUCAAUCAUUGUUUGGGAUGUCUCACGACAGGUUCCUCUAUCGAACCAGAUCUACGUGGAAGCGUAUACAUGCCCGUGUAUACGACAUCAUCCAAACGAUCCGUAUUUCGUGGCCCAAUCAAAUGGAAAUUACAUAGCAAUAUUUUCAUCCAAACCGCCAUUUAGGCUCGAUAAAUACAAAAGAUACGAAAGCCAUGGUGUUUCCGGGUUCCCUAUCAAGUGCAAUUUCAGCCCGGAUGGUAAAAAACUCGCCACCGGGUCGUCAGACGGGUGCAUAUACUUUUACGACACGAAAACUUGCCACCUUAUUAAAAAAACCAAAGUGUAUGAACAAACAUGCGUAGAUGUAGCGUUCCAUCCCGUCAUAUCAAACAUAAUUGCUUCCUGCAGUUGGAAUGGAGAAAUCUCGGUUUUUGAAUGACAUGAUGGCGACGUUUUUUUUUUUCGACAAAUAAUUAAAUAUAAUUAAGUAAUUAAGGGUGAUCUGAAUUUGGACUUAGGCUUACAUCAAUGAAGUGUUGAGAUGUUUGUAUUUCUAAACUGUGAUGCCCUACGGGUAUGUUUUGUAACUUAAUCGGCUGCAUUAUUCGUGAUUGAAACAUGCUUAUGUGUCGGUCCUAUCUGUAA